AUUCAUGCAACUUUAAUCAAGUUCAGGAUAUUAAAUGGAUCUUAGAAGACAAAACUUAUUUAAAGGAUUUUAUAUCAGCGCAUAAAGUGACAUUAUUGAGAGAACUCAAAUUGAAAAGAUACUGGUACUUCAAGAUCAAGGUCGAGGUGGAGAAUUUCGGAACCAAUGCCUUGAUGAUAUUGAAUUGGAAGAUAUUGUUUUCACCAGAAGAGAAACAAACCAUGAACACACCCAAGAUGUACCAGGUUAAGAUGCAGAAGGCUUGAGCUGCCCUGAAAAAAUUUCUGUAUGCCUUCUUGAAGCAGCAGAAUAUUUUCCAGAUGUCCCCACCGAUGACACAAGUGGGUUGGGUAAAACCAGACAGAAACCAACAAAAUCAACAGAAUAAUGUGCAUGGAACAAGAUCGAAGAAAAGGAAAUUAAAAAGCUGUUUGAAACAUUCAGUGGCCCAAGCCAUCCGAUUACUUAAAGGCCAUCAGUAUUAGCCAAAAGAGAGGUAUAUUGAUUUGAAAAAGAAAAAAAGGAUAUGCUGAAGAAGAAAGUUUUUAGGAUGACAGACAGAUUAAAGUUGUCUUUUAAAGUUGUUUUUUAUGCCACCUCAGCAUCUGCGAUAAGAUGCCGUAUAGAGAUUCAGCUGUUAGUUUGUGUGUACCUGUGUGUGUUACAGAGAUAACUUAAAAGAUCUUCUUGUAAAAAACCACUUGUCCCAUUCCAAACAAACUUGGCAGGAUUGUUACUUGGGCAAACUUAUAAUAAUUAGCUCUGAUUAACACUCCGCAUUUAGAUCUGAUCAAAUAUAAAAUCAUUUCUGGUGACCUUUCACACAGUCAAUCAUUGGCGAGCUUUCAUAAUUUUGAUGGCAUAGUCCAUAAUAGCCAACAUGUUAAUUGGCAAAACAAAUCUUGCCCAUUAAAAAUUGACUUAUUAUUUAUUAAAAAAAAAAA